AUGUCUCACAAGGGCAAGAACAGCGCCAGCUCGGCAAAGGGCAAGAAGCCCUCCAAGGCCGGCGCCGAGAGCAAAGGCGAGGAUGUGCUGCAGGCUGUGUGUCUUCUGCCGCUGGCAAACACGCCUCUCAUCGAGUAUACGCUCGAGUUCCUAGCCAUGAACGGCGUCCAGGAAGUCUACAUCUACUGCGGCGCGCACACAGACCAGGUCGAGGACUACAUCGGGCGCUCUAGAUGGGCGCCGUCGUCAAAAUCGUGCCCGUUCUCGGUGCUGCAGUUUGUUCGGGUCGCCGACGCUCGGUCGGUUGGCGACGUCCUGCGCGACAUGGACAAGCGGUCAUUGGUGGACGGCGAUUUCCUGCUGGUGCACGGCGACAUGGUGUCGAACCUGAUCCUGGACGGCGCCCUGGCGGCGCACCGGAAACGAAGGGAGACGAGCGCCGCCAACAUCAUGACGAUGAUCCUGCACAGCGGAGGGACAGAGGAGCACAGGACCAAGACGAAGGGCAUCACGCCCGUGUUUGUCGUGGACACCAAGACGCAGCGCUGCCUCCACUACGACGAGAUGAACCCGCUGCAGAGCGACCACUACCUCUCCCUGGAUCCCGCCAUUGCCGACGAGCUGUCGACCGAGUUCGAGGUGCGCGCCGACCUGAUAGACGCGCAAAUCGACAUCUGCACCCCCGAGGUGCUUGCCCUGUGGUCAGAGAGCUUCGACUACGAACUGCCGAGGAGAAACUUCUUGCACGGCGUGCUCAAGGACUGGGAGCUCAACGGCAAGAUGAUCUACGCCGAGAUCUUCGAGGACGGCUAUGCUGCUCGAGCAAGCAACCUGCAGAUGUACGACGCCAUCAGCCGGGACAUCCUUGGCCGGUGGACGUUUCCCUUUAUUCCCGAAAACAACAUUGUUCCCAAGCAGGCCUACAAGAAACACAGCAACAACGUGAUGAUUGAAACCGGCGCCUCCCACGCGCACGACGCCACGCUGCGGAACUCCGUCAUUGGAACCGACACGAGCAUCGGGUCCGGAAGCAAAGUCAUCAACAGCAUCAUCGGCACCGGCUGCACGAUUGGCGCCAACGUGACGCUGGAGAACUCGUACGUCUGGAACGGCACGGCGAUUGGCGACGGGACCACCGUUUCGCAGUCCAUCCUGGCGGACAACGUCGUCGUCGGCAAGGGCUGCACAAUACCCGCGGGCUCGCUCAUCUCGUACGGCGUCCACAUCAGCGACGGCAUCGCCUUCUCGACCGCGGCGGUCCUGUCGACGGUGACGUCGACCGGCAAGCAGGUCGCCAACAAGGACACCAACCUCCUGGGCCCGGACAGCAACGCGGCGCCCUUUUACGACCCGGAGGACGACGAGCUCGACGACGAGGACCCGUCGCGGCUGCAAAAGUCGCUCAUCUACUCCCUCGCCAACUACAACCUCUCCAGCUCCUCCAUCUCGACGCUCGCCUCGGACGACGGCGCUGACUCGGACGACGACGACGCCGACAGCAACCUCCUCUCCGCCGCCGACGCCGCGCACUCGAGCCGGUCCCGCCUCUCGUCCUUUGCGUCCGACGACUCGGCCGGCAAGAUGUCGUUCCACGCCGACGCCGUCCACGGCCUGCUCGACGCCCUGCGCGCCGACUCGGGCGACUUCGACUCGGCCAAGCUCGAAUUCAUGGGCCUGCGCCUCGCCAACAACGCCUCCGACGCCAUGAUGCGCAAGGCCGUCGCCACCGCCUUUGCCCGCCGCGCCGUCGAGCUCGUCGCCCCCGAGCACGGCGGCCUCGACCCCAGCAAGGCCGCCGAGCGCGCCUUGACCGCCUGCAGGGGCGCCCCGAAAUUCGUCAACGAGGUCGGCGUCGGCGGCGGCCAGGCCGCCCAGGUCGACUUCAUCCUCGCCCUGCAGCGCGCCCUCUCGCAUUACUACGCAAAGGGCCAGGACCAGCAGAGCGGCGGUAAGACCGCCACCCUGCUGCCCGCCAUGCUGCAGCAGCUCUACGCGCUCGACAUCCUCGAGGAGGAGGGCAUUCUGGGAUGGUGGGCGGAUGCGCGGGCGGUGGAUGGCGAGGCCAUGGCUGGGCUCAAGGACAAGUGCAGGGUGCUUGUUGAGUGGUUGGAGAAUGCAGAGGAGGAGGACGAUGAAGAUGAUGACGACGAUGAUGAUAGUGACUAGAC